AAGUUACAUCACUAGUUAUCUCUAAAGGUCGGUAGGGUCAGGUAGACUAGCUAUUGUCUUCAUAAAUUAGUGGCUUUUACUAAAAACAGACGACAAAAUGUUCUCCCGUGCACUGAGACCCAUCGCCACUGUGGCAUUCCAGAAUGGAGCCAAGAACUUUUCCACCACCCCUGAGAUGCAAUUCAAAGUCAUGGUGGCUGGUGCUGCCGGCGGUAUCGGGCAGCCUCUGUCGCUGCUGCUGAAGAUGGACCCCCUGGUGAGCACGCUGGCUCUGUACGAUCUCGCGCCGAUCACCCCUGGCGUCGCCAGCGACCUCUCCCACAUGGACACCCCAGCCAAGGUCCUCGGCUACAAAGGUCCCGAUGAGCUACCAUCCGCCAUCGCAGACUCACAUGUGAUUGUCAUCCCCGCCGGAGUACCCCGCAAGCCAGGUAUGACCAGAGAUGACCUGUUCAAUGUAAACGCUGGUAUCGUCAGGGAUCUGACUCAGUGCAUCGCAGUACAUGCUCCCAAAGCUAUCAUCUGUAUCAUCACGAACCCCGUCAACUCCAUGGUGCCUAUUGCCUCCGAGGUUAUGAAGAAGAACGGAGUAUACGACCCCAACCGCAUCCUCGGUGUCACCACCCUGGAUAUCGUACGGUCGCGCUGCUUCGUCGGAGAAAUCAACGGCGUGGAUCCCCGCACCGUCAAGAUCCCCGUCAUCGGAGGCCACUCCGGAGUCACCAUCAUCCCCGUGCUGUCGCAAUGCAAGCCCGCCCCUCAGAUCCAGGAACAGAACAAGAUCGAAGUCCUUACCAAGAGGAUUCAGGAAGCCGGUACAGAGGUAGUGAAAGCUAAGGCUGGUGGUGGUUCUGCCACCCUGUCCAUGGGCUGGUCUGGUGCCAUAUUCACACACUCUGUGCUUAGAGGACUUAAGGGCGAAGAAAAUGUGGUCGAAUGCGCGUACGUGAAGUCAGAUCUGACUGAUGCGAAAUACUUUGCCAACCCAAUUUGCUUCGGAAAGAACGGAGUCGCUAAGAACCUCGGUUACGGCAAACUGAACGCAUACGAAGAGAAACUCCUGAAGAUUGCACUCCCUGAACUCAAGAAGAACAUCACCAAAGGAGAACAAUUCGUCAAGAAGUAAUGUCGAAAAGUAUUUUUACAAACUUACCCAAAGACUUGGGCGAAGAAUGGGAGUACUGUAAAUAUUGUGCUGUUGUGUGAUGUCGGUAUUAAAUAACUAUGGUAUGAUUUGACUGGGUUUUCUUUGGGCAAGUAAAACACCUAAAUUCUUAGUAAUCAAACUCCCGUAAUCAAAUUAAAUCAAAUCAAAUUGUAUUUAUUAAACUUUUAAAUAAAAAGUCUUGAAUUACA